CACAAGCGGAAAGCCGGUGACCAUAAUCAGAGCUUCAGGAGGAUCGCUAAACAAACACAGGAUGAAUUGCAACUGGUUGACGGGAUUGCUUGUGCUUCUAGGAGUAGUGCUUCAGAUAGGAGCGAAGCCUUCGGCGAAGCCUGACCAGCUACCAACUUUCCUGAAGGUUUGCCAUCGAGAUUCUCCAGAUUUGAACACCUGCGCCCGGGAAUCCUAUGAGGCUCUACGACCACGGCUGAUGCAGGGCAUUCCCGAGUUGUAUAUCCCAGCUAUGGAGCCACUAGUAAUUCCUCAGGUCAAGAUGGACCAGGACUCUGGCGCAAUUUAUCUUCACUCCGUGUACAAGAACGUUAAAGUCACGGGCAUUUCAAAGCACACGGUGAACGAUCUGCGUUUGGAACCCUCAAAGCUGAAAUUCAUUGUGUCGCUGACCUUCCCAAAGCUACACAUGGAAUCGGAUUACAGCAUCAAGGGAAAAAUUAUGAUGAUGCCGCUCUUGGGCGAUGGACACUGCAAGGUGGAUCUGAUAAACAUCACCAUGCGCACGGAACUUAUUGGACAGGAGUACAAAAAGAAUGGAGCUAACUAUUUGAAGAUCAACAACGUAAAUGUAAAGUACGACCUCUCUGACGUGCACAUCCAUCUGGACAACCUGUUCAACGGAGACAAAGCUUUGGGCGAUCGGAUGAACGAGUUCCUUAAUGAGAACUGGAAGGCUCUGGCCGAGGAAGUGCGUCCCUUGAUGAGCACGGCCCUGGUGGAUAUUUUGAGAGCCUCCGUGGAUAAGCUAUUUGCGUCCUUUAGCUACGAUGAUCUGCUACCCAAGGGCAAGAAUUAAGUGGAUUAUUUUUCAUCUUAUUGAUUUAAUCGUAGUACAAAUAUUAGCCUACAAAUAAGCACACAAUUAAAAGCGAAAUAAAUUAUGAAUAUAAUACAUAAA